CCACAUGGUGGUAUAAGCGUCAGCUGUGCUAAGGCCACAAAAGCACAAACAUAACAUGAGUGUCCACGAUCAUGCAAGCCGUCUAGCGGCUGUUCGCCUCGCAGACGGCAUAUGCAUCCCCAUGGCCCUGCAGGCUGCGAUAGAUCUAAAGGUGUUCGAGAUCAUAGCUGAUGCUGGGCCUGAAGCUCAGCUCUCCACAUCAGAGAUGAUCGCCAAGAUGAACACAUCGAAUCCGCAUGCUGCAGCUACCUUGGAACGUAUACUCCGUGUCCUGGUAACGGAUUCAAUCCUCACUCUGUCGGUAAGAUCAGACGGUGAGGGUGGAAGGACCGAACCUGUGUAUGGCCUAACGGAUGAAUCUCGUUUCCUUGUGCCAGAUGAGGACGGCACCUCGGUGGCCUCACUUGUGCAACUGUGCCUCGACAGGGCAACAGUGGAGGGCAUGUAUUAUCUUAAGGACUUCGUAAUCCAAGGGAAACGGCCACCCUUUGAAAUUGUCCAUGGUGUGGAUGUAUUUGAGUUUGGUUCCAAGGAGCCCAAGUACAACAAGCUAUUCCAUGAUGCCAUGAGCAGUUUCUCGGUCAUUGUUUUGAAUGUGUUGCUUGAGGUGUAUAAAAGUUUCAAUGAAGUAAAACAAGUAAUGGACGUGGGUGGAGGCAUAGGCACCUCCAUUUCUUUCAUGGUCUCCCAUUUCCCUCACGUACAUGGUGUUAACUUCGAUUUGCCCCAUGUAAUUGCCAGUGCACCUCAUUAUUCAGGUGUGGAGCAUGUUGAAGGAAAUAUGUUCGAAGGUGUACCAAACGCGGAGAACAUUUUCAUGAAGUUGGUGCUUCACGACUGGGGUGAUGAUCAUUGCAUACAGCUGCUAAAGAACUGCUGGAAUGCUUUGCCCGACGGCGGGAAGGUGAUCAACGUCGACUUCGUCAUCCCUUCCGUAUUGGGCACGGAUGCAAUUUCACGCCGUACAGCUACUGAAGAUCUAAACAUGAUAGCUUACACUUCAGGCGGCAAGGAAAGGACAUUGGCGGAGUUUGAUAAAAUAGCAAAAGCAGCCGGAUUUGCAGAAACAAAGGAUAUUCCAAUCUCCCUGGGCAUUCAUGUGCUUGAAUUCCACAAGAGGCUUUCGCUCAACAACUAGCAUGCUAGAAGAAGUGAGCAAAUGACAAGGCCAUAUUGAUAGAGUGGAGAUUAAAGAGGUUGCACAUGUGCCAAUGUGGCACGUGUAUGUGAGAUCCUAACCAAUCGUCAGAUGGGUCCCAGUUGAAUAUACCCAUAAAUUCAACAACACAUGUUUUGCCCAACUGAGACUAGUUGGAUUGUUGGGUCAGGGUACAUUCAUGAUGGACCCCAUCUAAUGAAUAGCUCAGGAUGGAACACCUCUUAGUAUCUUCGACUGCUACGUGGCUUUGCAUUUCUCCUUAGAGAUAUCUCUAAUAAUCCAUGGGAAGAGAAAGCUAGACUAGUGUUCUUAAUUUUUUCCCCCUCUUUUUAUGUUUUAAAUAUAUCUACUAAUAAAAUAAUGAGCAUGAAGUCCUUCUUAUUAC